AUGGCUGCCAGGGUUGCCCCAUCCUCGUCCUCUGCCACCUCCUUCUCCUCGCUGCCCACUCUUCACCAUUCACACUCGCACUCAAAUCCGCAUUCUCACUCUCACCGGCACCAGCCCGUCCAACCCCACGACGCCAAUAACAUCCCCAACAACUCCCCACCGAAUCCCACCACCAAGAAUAGGACCAGCCCCAAUUCAAUAAUUAUCCCCAGCACAAACGCCACCCCCGGAUUCUCACCGCGAAAAUCGACCUCCCCCGCCCCGCAGCACCGCCGUGGAUACCAGGCCUGCGAUCCGUGUCGCAAAAGAAAAGUCCGCUGUGACUUGGGAAGCGUUGACAACCCCAGGCCCCCGCCAUGCGUCCGCUGCCGCAGAGAAAGCAAACGCUGCGAGUUCUCCGCUACCCGCCGCAAACGUAAGACAUCAGAGACUGCUGGUCAUGCCAAUGGCGAUAUCGAGGAAGAUGUCACUCUGCACAGAGACAAGCGGAUGAUGUCCGCAGAUGCGUCCCUUCUCGACCCUGCUGAUGGCAAUCCCACCACUACCAAUAACAGUACCAGUAAUGAUAACGACAAUGAUGACGAUAAUAAAAGCAACGGCGUCUCCCCGUUCUCGCACACAACCUCCUCCGCCAUAGAUCCGGAUAUCGCCGUGGCCCCGACGCACCGUCGAUGGACUGAGCCGGACCUCCCUCCGCCCAACCGCCUCUCAAUAAGUUCCAGCCAGUAUCCCAGCAACAACAGCACCGCCACCACUACCAACGUCAAUAACAAUCGACUCCCAACGCGGGUGGGUGCAUCCAGCUACGCCGAAAACAGUCUGAGCCAACAAGUCAUGAACCGCACCGCUGCAGAACUUCUCUCCCCAGCCAUCAGCAACACCCACGAUGCCCUCCAUCUCCUCUCCGAAGCCGCGGGACGCACAGAGGACCUAAAUCGCCAGCAGCGCUUUGCCACGGGGGCCGCCGAUGCCAUGGCAUCUGGCAGUACGCAGAGGAAAUCUUCUAGGUCGAUGUCUGUUGGCCAGCAACAGUCUGGUCAUCAGCUUCACACGCUGCCGGCUGGCUCCAGAACUGGGGUAGUUAACCACUGCACUGCAGAUGGGGUAGGGGUUGGCGUUGGCGUUGGAGUUGGAGUUGGGGGCGGCGAGGCUGGAGGAGCAGGGGUAGGGUUGAUAAACCCAGAUGCAUCGCUGAAGGGUGGAUAUACGGAGGAUAUGGACUAUGCGAAUGCUGCGAGGGCGUGGUCGAGGUUCCGCUUUAUAAGGGCGGGGUGGUUUAGUAUCGAUGAGGCUAUGAGAUAUAUUGUAUACUACUACGAACAUCUUGCCCCCUUAAGCCCCAUCGUAAUACCAGACUACAGCUCCCCAGCAACCCAUUUAACUUUACUAACCGAAGAGCCCGUCCUAACUGUAACUAUGCUCACUAUUGCCUCCCGCCACAUGCCCCUGACAGGUAAUGGCGCUAGCUCUCGCGCCCACUCCAUUCACGAGAAGCUCUGGUCCUACUUGCGGGGCAUGAUCGAGCGCCUCUUCUGGGGCCAGGAGAAGUUCGACGGUGGCACGUUACCAUCCCAAAUGUCCAAAUUUUCCUUGAACCCCGGCCAAUCGAAUUCCAGCAGAGGCCAUUUGAGAUCUUUGGGCACGAUAGAGGCACUCUUGUUAUUGACUGAUUGGCAUCCACGCGCUCUGCAUUUCCCACCUGGAGAUGAUGAGAAUACCCUGCUGGAUAUUGAUCCGCAAUUUCUCACGCAGAUUCAGAGUGCGGAUAAUCAUGAAUAUGACGGCAUGAUCGGUUCCAAAAACCAGAGCCACAGUCUUAGUAACAGUAACAGUAACAGCCACAAUGGCUCUGGUUCAGAGGGCCGUCUGGCAUUUUACAAAUGGCUCGAACCCGUCUGGCGCUCAGAUCGCAUGUCAUGGAUGCUCCUCAGCACCGCGCAAGCUCUCGCCUUCGAGUUAGGCGUCUUCGACCCCAAAAAUAACCGGCUGUCAAGUCACACCAGCACCACGGAAUCGUUCGCGGAGCGGAUCCGCAAGCGGCGCGUGCGCAGGCUUAUACUCGUCUAUAUAUCGCAGAGCAGCGGCCGGCUGGGGAUUCCUUCCAUGCUUCCACUACCGCAGUGGGGGAUCAAUAUGGAUCCUGGAUUGUCGCUGGAGGAGUCACGGUUGCUAGACCCCAAUGAGGACCGCUCGAUUGACCUUAUGCAGGAUUGCUGGAUGGAUAUCUCAAAGAUUAUGUAUACGAGUAACCAGGUGCUGUUUCAGAGUAAAGAGCAGACGUCGAAUUUGAUUAAAAGUGGGAGGUAUAGAGAGCAGAUUGAUAAGUUUACGCCGUCGUUGAGGGAGUUUAAAGGGAAGUUUGACCGGGUUUCCAUGCCGGCCCAUAUGCGACAUAUUCUCGCGAUCGAAUAUGAAUAUACUCGGCUAUAUAUCAACUGCCUCGCGCUUCAAGCAGUUGUGGAUAGAUGGACGACAAUGACUAUCGAAGUCCAAAAUUCAUCAGCGACCGCACGGCCGAAUUCAACUGGUCCGGCAAAUACAUCUACCGCUACUGCAACUACAACGGCCACGGCCUCUUGGCGCGUCCUCAUGGAGCAAUACCAGGUCAACGAACCGUAUAUACAAGAGGUGGUGGAUGCCUCUAGGCGCAUUUUGAAAACUGUUCUGGAUGGUCUUGUCCCCGGUGACUCUCUGAAACAUGCUCCCGUUCGCACUUUUUUCAGAAUUCUAUCGGGGAUGAUAUUCAUUCUGAAGACAUUUACCCUAGGAGCCAAAGAAGAUGAAGUUCGCAUCUCCCUGGACUUACAGGACCGUACUAUCGAAUCCCUACGCACCUGCGUCGUCGACGACGUCCACCUCAGCGUCACAAUAGCUGAUCUGCUCCAGCUCCUAACCUCCAACAUCCGCAAUAGAUUUCUCCGCUUUGCGCCCCCAGACCGCGUCACAGGCGAAUGCCCCAGUCGCGAACGAACCCCGCUGCCCCAACAACCGCAGCCACAGCCAUUACUCUCCUCGCCAUUGUCUACACACCAAUCGCCCCAUCCACCCGACCAGCAUCUAAACAACCACACCCUAUCCCAACAGCCGGAUCAGAACCAGAACCAGAAUGACUUCCACAGUCCCUCAAGGUGGCACACCACCAACGCCCCGAGUCCCUUCCAAUUCGAUGCAAACCAUCACCACCAAACACCAUCCACCUCUUCCGCCCCAUCAACCCACACAGACCCGCUCGCAAGCAUCCCCGCCAAACCCCUCAACUCCACCAGCCUAGGAGUCUCCUUCAUGCCGCCGCCUGCCUCCGUCUUUUACAACUACUACGACCCCAGCACCGCCACGCUAAAAAUGGACUUGGACGGCGAUCCUACCGCCACAGCCACAGCCGGCGCAGGCGCAUCGCCCAUCACUAUCGCGCCGGAGGUUAUCAGUAACCAAAACACCAGUAACGGGAACGACGGGUCAGGUAUGGCUAAUGGUGCUGGUGCUGGUGCUGGUGCUGGUGGUAGUGGGGGCGCGCAGUCUGACUGGUUUGCGUUGCCGCUUGAUCAGUUCUUUAAUAAUGCGACGAUGGGGGUUGAUCAGGGGCUGGGCGGGACGGGGCCCAUGGUGGGGGAAUUUGACAUGCUAGAGGUGUUGUUGAAGGAGCAGGAUGAUAUGGGGAAUGGGUUGUCGGGUGGGUUUUUGUAG